AUGAAUUCUAAUUCACCACCCGAAUAUGCACCAAUUUCAACGUCAAGUUUUACUGUAUCAUCAUCUGAGAAAUAUAAUAAAGAGAUAACUAAACAUGACAUAAUUAAAUCACCAGAAUUGGAGUCAAUUUAUAAUUCUUUGACUGAAAUUUAUUCAAUUUUACCUACGCUCGAAAUGGUUGAAUCUUCAUAUAUGAAAGAUUAUAUAACUAAUAAAGAAACAUACACUAAUACAGCAUAUAGAUUAAUAAAUCAGUAUCAAAUAAUCCUAAAAACUCUAGAGAAUAAACCAGAACUCAAUCAAAUUUUUCCUGGACUCAAACCCGAUAAUUCAAAUUUCCUAUCACUACUCACCUCAAAAUAUAAUUUAAAUUACCCAUUAGCUUUGAGAAGAAUAGAACAUGGUUUGCCUUCAACCAUUGAAAAUAUAAGUGUAAGUGGUGGUAAUGGUAAUGGUAAGACAAGAUUAAUUGCUGAAAUUACGGGAAAUUUUAUUACUUGCAUGGACGCAAUUAAAUUAAACUACAAUACUAAAAAUCAAUUACAUCCUUUAUUAAGUGAAUUGGUUAUUAAUCUAAAUGAAUUUAAUGAGUCGUUGGAAUUUAAUGGGAAAUCUAAAUUAAUUAAUUGGUUAAUAAGAAUAAAUAAUUUAGAAAAACAGUUUUCAAAUGAUGAUUUGGAUUUAUUUUUGAAAGAUUUGGAUGUUGCUUAUAAAGGGUUUUAUUCAAGCUUGGAUGCGUAA